CACCAGUGCCCGUCACGUGACGGCGCCUCAGCGGCCGCGGAGCCGCCGAGCGGGACCGAGAACGAGCGAGGGGCUGGGACGGGACCUCCGGGACGGAACGGACCCCCAGAGUGGAGCUGGAGAUGAUCUCCCACAUGGAUCGUAAGGAGGAACUGUGGUUCUCCCACCUCUGCACCUUCCAAGUGAAGACCGAGAUGGUUGUGAGCGACACCUGUGCAGCUGAAGAUGGGAUUGUGAGCAAGAAAGAGGAGAAUGCCCACCAAGGCAUCCCUGGGCCAGCAGAGCCCAAGGCUUUACUCUCAGGACUCUCCAAGGAGAACAAUUCCCAGAAUCCAGCACAGGACCCAGUCGUCCCACACAGGUCAGAAGGAGUUCAGAGACCUCUGGGGAAGAGGCAAAGCCGAGUGAUGCUGCGUGGGAAGAGUCUCAGGAGGCCGACAGACCUUACCCAGCAGAGAAAUCCAUCUGUGGGGAGACUGAUGGUGUGUGGGGACUGCGGGAAGGGCUUCCGGGUGAGCUCCAACCUCAUCCAGCACCGGAGGAUCCACACUGGAGAGAAACCCUUCGGCUGUGCCGAGUGCGGGGGCAGCUUCCGGCAACGCUCUCACCUCAUCCAGCACCAGAGAACCCACACGGGGGAGAGGCCCUACGAGUGCUCCGACUGCGGGAAGACCUUCAGCGUGAGCUCCAAGCUGCUCCGCCACCAGGUGACCCACACCGGGGAGAAGCCCUACAGGUGUUCCGAGUGCGGGAAGAGCUUCUCCGGGAACGCCCAGCAGGCUGCUGUCCGGGCACUGCAAAGAUAUGUGUUUACGCUGAACAUCAGCCAGGUCCUGGAUGAGCUGAGCUCCUGCAGCAAAUGGAAUGACAUUCCAGCCUCUGCAGAGGAGGUGGGCAGCUGCCUGAGCCACCUCCUUGGCAUGUGGAACACAUCCUCCUUUCCAGAGGAGCAGAGCACCCUGAGAAACCAGGGCUGUGACCAGGGACUGGAGUUGCCAGUUUUUGAGUAA